UUAUAAAAAAAUAUAUAUAUGUGAAGCAAAAUAAAUUUGUUUAUACAUCAGUUAGUUUUCUUUUUUUGAUUCUUAGUUUCUACAUUUUUCUUGAGUUUUUUACCAAAUUUUGAGUAACUUUAAAUUAAGCAGAAGUGUACAAACGGAAACGUAGUUAUGGCUAGCUCGAAUGUAUCUGACUGGGACGAGGCACUGCCCACAUCGUCAACCGAGGAGGCCGAAGAGGAGAAUUCCGACUACUGCAGCCCGGAAAAUCGCAAGAAGCGACAGGAAGAGAAUGUCACCAAGCUGCAGUCGUAUGUCCGUCGAAUGGCUUACCAGCCGGCGUUGCCUCCCAAAGCUCGUGCCUACGAUGUCGCCCUGUCGAAGCCCAAAAAGUAUACGUUAAUUGACAACUACGAGCAGUUCAAGGAAAUAUACGAUCCCAAACUGAGGGCCAAACGCAUCAAGCGCAUGUUGGGAAAAUAUAACGCCAUUACCACAGAGCAGCUCGAGGAUGUACUGAAGAAUACCAAGAAGAAGGAACGCCGUAAGGAGGACUUCCUAAAGCGCAAACAAGAGAUGUACUACAACAUGCUAUCCAAAAUGGAGCGCCAGUGCCGUUCGCAAUAUCUUAAUGUGCUCAUCAAGAAGUUCGCCAAAUUCAUUGCCCAUUUGGCAACGACAAUGCGCAUACCACCUCAGCUGGUCGAUCCGUACGCUCGUAUGCAGCGCGGCAUAUUCUGCAACAUAUUGCUGGCGAUUGGCGUGCAGCCCACAUCGCAAUCGGCCAUCUACUAUACUAGUCAGGAUGCCAUUGAGUAUGAUGUAUGCCAUCGCUUGGCGCAUGCGUUACUCAGUUUGAUUAUCAAGGCGCUAGAUACGGCGGCCACACGCGAGCCCAACGAGGCCCCCAAACCCUCAACGGACCUGGACUUCAAGAUGGACAAUUAUAUUAAGGAGCGCCUCAUGUGCGCCGCUAAGAAGAAGAUCAGAAACGAACUGCGUCGCAAGCGGCAAACGACGUUCAAUUUGACUGCAUUUCAAAAAUGCUCCCGCCUCGACUGCGAGUAGCUCGGGAGUCCGGUGCAGACUAAAAAACGGAGUCUGUAAUCCAUGUUCUGUAAUCCAAGCGCAGCGAGCACAAUUCAAUAAUGAAU